GUGCUUGCCAGGGCCUUCGUCUAGUCAGCGCCUAGUGAAGAAGGUUCUGGUAACACCUCGUCCUGCGGCCCACCCUCAGGGACCCAGCAUCCUCUGGAGGACCACAGCUGCCGCUGCCUGGGACACGGCCAGUUUGGGGACACGGCGGGGUUGGCGUCAGUAUUUUUUGUUGCUCUGUACGGAACUCCGGCUUAGAAGUCCCAGCCUGAAACAGGCACCCGGGGAAGACUGCAGGUUUUCUGACAACACUGGGAGACACCCGUGGUGAUUCGACAGGGCUGGUGAAGAAGGUUCUAGAAGGUUCGAGAAGGUCCAAGUAGCUCCUUUUCAAAGAUGGAGUCAUCAGGGUCUUGGGAGACAGAGACUGGAGUGGGGGACGAUGAUAACCUUUGAACCCGCCGUGUGGCCCCGGUGAAGACAUGCGAGCCCGCAGGGGGAGGAGCAUACUGACUGGCACCUGAACCCGGCCGGCGAUUGGAAGCCCGCAGGUGCCAUGACGGGGCAGCUGCAGGCCAGCUUCGAGAGAAGCCUGGCGGACGCCCGGGCCUGGAUGGAGGGCGUGCAGGAGCGGCUGCGGCUCAGCGACGACACGCGCGGGCCCCUCGCGGCGCUGGAGGCCAGGCUGCGGGAGACCGAGCAAAUCUGCCAGCUGGAGCCGGAGGGGGACAUGAGGGUGGAGCAGGUGCUGCAGGUGGCCGAGGGGCUCCUGGCCGAAUGCCCCGAGUCCAAGAAGCCCGAGGUCCUGGGCCAGAUGAGGGCCAUCAAGGACGAGUGGGAGGAGACGGCCACCUACAUGACGCACUGCCACAGCCGCCUGGAGUGGGUGUGGCUGCACUGGCGCGAGUACCUGCUGGCGCGGGACGAGUUCGACGGCUGGUUCCAGAAGACGGAGGUGCUGCUGGCGCCCCCCGCCGAGCUGCAGCUGGGCCUGCGCGAGAAGCAGUGGCAGCUGGAGCACGCGCUGGUGCUGCGGGACCACGUGCGCCAGCAGGCCCCGCUCCUGGGGCGGCUGCUGGACGAGGCGGCCGCCCUGUUCCACAGGGUCGAGGACCCCAGCGUGGACGAGAGCGCGCAGAAGCAGAUCCAGGCGCAGUACGACGCCAUCAAGGCCAAGGCCCAGGACAGGGUGGAGGUGCUGCAGCGGAUAGCCCAGGAGCACGCGCGCUUCCAGGCCGGGGUGGAAGAGUUCCAGCAGUGGCUGAAGGCCUCGGUGGACAAGGCGAGCAGCUACCUGGGGCCCGACUCCAAGCUGACCACCAAGGACCGCCUCCUGGCACUGCAGGACAUCGCCAAGGGCUUCCCCAGUGGCGAGGAGUCUCUGAGCAGGCUGGAGGAGCAGGCUGCGGGGGUCAUCCGGAACACCUCCCCCCUGGGCGCCCAGAAGAUCACUGAAGAGCUGGAGAGGAUGCGGAAGCUUCUGGAGAAGCUGCUUCUCCUCUCGGAGGAGGAGCAGGGCCGGCUGCGGGCCGUGCUGGAGUCGGAGGAAGCCUGGGAGCGGCAGGCGCGGCGGCUGGACGCCGAGCUGGCCGAGUUCAGUGAGGUCCUGCAGAGGCUGGCCGAGAAGGGCCUGCAGCGCGAGGCCACGGACGGCGGGACCACAGAGCCCGACACUGAGGCCUGCUCCGAGGACGAGCUGGUGGCCCGCUGGAGACACUUCUCGACCUUGCGGGCGGCGCUGGCCGCCGAGGAGCCCCGGGUGCAGCAGCUGCAGGUCCAGCUGAAGGAGCUGGCCAGCCUGCCCCACGGCCUGGACCCAGAGUCGCUCUCCAAAGCGGUGGUGACUGUUGUCCAGGAGUUCGAGAGACUGAAGCGGGAAGGCACGCAGCUGCGGAAUAUCGCGGCCUGCGGCCUGUGGGAGCGUUUCCAGCGGCACCUGGACGGUCUGCAGCCGUGGAAGGACCUGGCCCAGAAGCUCCUGGACAUCACGGCCAGCCUGCCCGACCAGGCCUCCAUCCACACCUUCCUGCCCCAGAUCGAGGCCAGCCUGGCCGAGAGCUGCCACUUGAAGGAGCGGCUGCUGAUGCUGCCACUGCAGGCUGAGCUGCUGGACAGCGUGUUUGGCCCGGAGCGAGCCAGAUUCCUGCUGGAGCUCGUGACCUGCUCCAUGCGGGACCGGGACCUGCUGCACAACAGCCUCCUGCAGAGGAAGAGUAAACUGCAGAGUGUGCUUGCUCAGCACGAAGACUUUGCAGCCGCUUUUCAGUCCCUGAAGGAGAAGUUUCUGGACCUCCAGGCCAGGAUCCAAGCCAACAAGGGGCUUCAGUGGGACCUUCCUGGGAAGCAGGUCCAGCUUCUGAAGUUUCAGGGGCUGCGGGACGAGGCGCUGGACCUGAGCGUGCAGGUGGAGGCCACCAGACCCUUUAUCCAGGGGAACCGCCAGCACCAGCUCCAGCUGGACCAACUCUCCAUAGACCUCCAGGCCCUGCAGAGAUCUCUGGAGGGCCUGGUGGACAGCUGUCAGCAGAUCGUGCGCACACACUGCACCUUCAGUCACCAGCUGCAGGAGCUGCGGCAGUGGGUGGCCGUGGCCACGCAGAAGCUGGGGUCCCACAGCGAGGACACGGAGGCGUGGGGUGCCGAGCCCCGAGAGGCGGAGGUCGAGGGGCUGCUGGCCAAGCUUCCCGAGAAGGAGGCGCACCUGUCGCUGCUCUGGGGGCUCGGCCGCCAGGUGGUGGACUCGUCCUCGCCGGAAGGGGGCGCGCUGGUGCAGGAGGAGCUGCGGCAGCUGCAGGAGGCAUGGGAUGCGCUGAGGAUGCUGGAGGAGCGGCUGCUCAGCCUCCUGCGGAACCCGAGCCCCCCGCGGGGCGCGGGGGCGGGGCCGCCCAGGACCAUCUUCACCAACAGCAUCCCCAAGGAUGGGUUUCUCCUGGACCCGGUCCGGCCCGUGCCCCGGCCCGCUGGGCGGGCUGGUUGGCUUUGGGGAGAUGCAGGGGGUCCUGCCGCAAACCCCCAGCACCAGGAAGAUGCAGGCUCCCCUGGGAGUCUCCCCCAGCACCGGGAAGACGCCAGCGACCAUGGGGGGCUCCCCCAGCUCCAGGAAAACACCAGUGGCCGUGGGGGGCUCCUCCAGCUCCAGGAAGAUGCCAGUGGCCGUGAGGGUCUCCCCCAAUGCGGAGAAGACACCAGUGGCCGUGGGGGACGUCCCCAGUCCUGGGAAGAUGCCAGUGGCCGUGGGGGGCUCCCCCAGUCCUGGGAAGACACCAGUGGCCGUGGGGGGCUCCCCCAGUCCCUGGAAGACACCAGUGGCCGUGGGGGUCUCCCCCAGCCCCGUGAAGACACCAAUGGCCGUGGGAGUCUCCUCCAGUUCCAGGAAGAUGCCAGUGGCCGUGGGGGGCUCCCCCAGUCCCGGGAAGACACCAGUGGCCGUGGGGGGCUCCCCCAGCACUGGGAAGACACCAGCGACCGUGGGGGGCUCCCCCAGCACCAGGAAGACACCAGCAACCGUGGGGGGCUCCCCCAGUCCCGGGAAGACACCAGUGGCUGUGGGGGUCUCCUCCAGCUCCAGGAAGACACCAGUGGCCGUGGGGGGCUCCCCCAGUCCCGGGAAGACACCAGUGGCCAUGGGGGUCUCCUCCAGCUCCAGGAAGACACCAGUGGCCGUGGGGGGCUCCCCCAGUCCCGGGAAGACACCAGCGACCGUGGGGGGCUCCCCCAGUCCCGGGAAGACACCAGCGGCCAUGGGGGGCUCCCCCAGUCCCGGGAAGACACCAGUGGCCGUGGGGGUCUCCUCCAGCUCCAGGAAGACACCAGUGGCCGUGGGGGGCUCCCCCAGUCCCGGGAAGACAUCAGUGGCCGUGGGGGGCUCCCCCAAUGCGGAGAAGAUACCAGUGGCCAUGGGGGACGCCCCCAGUCCCGGGAAGACACCAGUGGCCGUGGGGGUCUCCUCCAGACCCGGGAAGAUGCCAGUGGCCGUGGGGGGCUCCUCCAGCCUCGGGAAGAUGCCAGUGGCCGUGGGGGGCUCCCCCAGUCUCGGGAAGACACCAGUGGCCGUGGGGGGCUCCCCCAGUCCCGGGAAGACACCAGUGGCCGUGGGGGGCUCCCCCAGUCCUGGGAAGACACCAGUGGCCGUGGGGGGCUCCUCCAGUCCUGGGAAGAUGCCAGUGGCCAUGGGGGGCUCCCCCAGUCCCGGGAAGACACCAGUGGCCGUGGGGGGCUCCUCCAGUCCUGGGAAGACACCAGUGGCCGUGGGGGGCUCCCCCAGUCCCGGGAAGACACCAGUGGCCGUGGGGGGCUCCUCCAGUCCUGGGAAGACACCAGUGGCCCAGGGGGGCUCCUCUGGCCCCGGGAAGACGCCAGUGGCCAAGAGGGGCUCCCCCAGUUCCGGGAACGUGCCAAUGGCCGCGAGAGGCUGCCCCAGCUCCGGGAAGACGCCGACGGCUGUGGGGGUCUCCCCCAGCUCCUGAGAAGCUUCCAGCAGUGGCUGCAGGUGGAAAACGCCGAGCUGGCUAAAAUUGCCACCACGAGGUCAGAGACAGCCAAGGACAUGAGGACCCAGGGGACGAGGCUGCAGGAGCUGGAGACGAGGGUGCUGGAGGGGCAGCAGCUCUUUGAGAACCUCCUUCGCCUGGGGCCCGAGGGGUGCUCCCGGGAGGAGCUGGAGGACCUGCGCUACCAGUGGAUGCUGUACAAGUCCAAGCUGGAGGACGCCGGCCACCUGCUGACGCAGGAUUCUCCAGGGCAGCCGGCCGGGUUCCAGGCGACGCAGAAGGCGCGGCGGCCGCGAGGCGUCGGCUCCUUCUCGCAGCGCGUGUGGUGCGCGGCGCUGCCCCUGCAGCUGCUGCUGCUGCUCUUCCUGCUCUUCCUGCUGCUGCUGCCGGCCGGGGACGAGCGUCGCAGCUGCGCGCGGGCCAACAACUUCGCGCGCUCCUUCCGGCUCAUGCUCCACUACAGCGGGCCCCCGCCCACCUAGCGGCCCCUCCGCACCGCCCGCCACCGACCCGCGGCCGCUCCUCUCGCCCAACGAUGCUGCUGCCCGCGCGGACGGACGGCGUGCGCCAGGGACGCACGGACGCUGGACGUGGAGAGGCCACCGCCGCCGCCGCCGCCGCGUCCUCUCUGAAGCUGGGGGGCUCCGCCGCCUCCUGCCACUUCGCCCACCCUCAGGGUUCCUCGCACUUUUGCCUUGGUCUGUGGUCAGCCCUGGACAGCAGGGAGAGUCGCGUCCCUUCUGUAACCGCCUCUUGGCCCAGACGCCCACCACCAUCCACUCACCGUCCCGUGUCAGAGCAGAGAGAAGACCUCCAGGGCGCGGGCAUCGCAGCCCUGCGCCUGUUUCACCCUGGGCCGGCUCAGACCAGCGAGAAGGCUUGGGGCUCGGGACUCGGGACUCGGCCGGUGGGGGGCCCCUGCACCCCUGCUCAGCUUUGACGGGACAGAUCAGUGAGGACCAUCUGCAGUGACCCCCCAGGCCUCGGGACUGAGCCAUCGCUUCUGUGUGCCGUGACGGAGAGGCACUCCCAACCAAGAUGCACCAUUCCGGUGCAUCCAGAUGAACCCCAGGACGUUCCGGGUGCACAGCUCUGGGGUUCAUAGCUGGGCCGGGGGCACCUGCCUUGUUGGGUGAGGGUCCGUGGACAAGCUCCUUCUGUCCCCUCCUCCCCUCAGAGGGACGGUGGAAAGAGGCAGGUCCUCUGAAAUGUCCCCCACAAGUCCAGAGGGGCCACAGAUCUCUCUGGAUCCCCGCAAGGGGGGGGGCGGGCAGCUCUGCCCCCAUCCCUGGGAAAUGGGGGGUGCUCCCGAGGUUGGUACCAGGAUCCAGUCCUGCCGAUACCGAGGCCACAUUUCUUUUUAAAGAGACGGUGCCAUGCCCUUAACGGUUCCGCUACAAAUGGGCCACUGGACACUGGAGUCAUUGGUACAGCAGAAAGGUCCUUCCACAGAGGAGAGCCCUGCCCCGCAUGGGCUGGCCCUCACCAUGCCCUGGGACGUGUCACCCGCCCCCCCCCCCCCGGAGUCGGGGGAGAGGCGCCUUCUGGGGCACGUCUGUGGAAGUACGGAACUCAGCCCCCAGACCUGCUGGUCACUGGCCAGUCAUAACCGGCCCCCUGGCCUAGCCGGGGUGGCCCUGCCUGUGCUCCGCUGGCCUGGAGGGGUGGAAGUGGGGCCUUUGCCACACUCCCUCUUCACAGGAGAAAAGACUGAGGCUCAGAGAGGGGAGGUGACUCGCCCAGGGCCACCCGAAGCCCUCACACUCAGCACUGCCUCGCCCAGGCCUGGAACUUUAGCCCUUCUUUGGGGAAGGCAGCCUGGGGUGGGGGCCCUCGGGGAGGGAGAAACCCCCCCGGAGGUGGGGCGUGGGAGCAUCUGUCUUUCUGUGUUUGUUUUUUUAAAAAACAAUAUUGCUGCCAUAUAAUUUGCUUUUUGCAUAACAUUUUUUUUAAAAAAGAGAGAAUUGAUAUUUUCAUUACUUUCGUAUAAAUACAGUUGUAAUAUAUAACGAC